AGAAGCAGGCAGUCCCAGGAAGACCAGGAAUCAGACUGCUGAAACACCCACACACACAGCUCCUCUUGACCAGUGCCCACGUAGAGUAACCACAGCAGAGGACAGGACUGUGACCAAGAAGCUACUGGACCCAACAGUUUAAAAUCUCUCAAGACCUUUUAAAAAAGAUCUCCUGGUCCUGUGGAGCUGCCCCCUCUCAUAUCAAGGCUAAAUCAUGACAACCUUGCUUCUUCUGUGUGCAUGUUUACAUGUCAUCUCAGCAACUCCAACCUUUGGAGACUUCUCUGACGGAGACGUGGACAGCACGCUGAGCGUCAGCAUUCCCGUGGAGAAGCCGCUGCGCCCUCUGAUGGGGGCGAAGGUGGUGAUGCCCUGCUACUUCCAGGACAACACCGUUCCCGACCCCGGCGCGCCCACCAUCGCCCCCCUCGCCCACCGCAUCAAGUGGAGCUACAUCUACAAGGGCAAGGUGUCCCUCGUCUUGGUGGCCUCUGAUGGCCAGGUCAGGGUGGAGACCGACUACCUGGAUCGUGUCCACCUCAUCAACUACCCCUCCAUCCCCACCGAUGUCACCAUGGAGAUGACCGAGCUGCGCUCGUCGGACUCCGGCUCCUAUCGCUGUGAGGUCAUGCACGGCAUCGAGGAUAACUAUGACUCUGUUGACGUCCAGGUUCAAGGGAUUGUGUUCCACUACCGAGCCAUCUCCACCCGCUACACACUGACGUUUGAGAAGGCCAAGGCUGCCUGCGUCCAGAACAGUGCUGUUAUCGCUACCCCUGCUCAGCUCCAGGCCGCCUACGACGAUGGCUUCCACCAGUGUGACGCUGGUUGGUUGGCUGACCAAACAGUCAGGUAUCCGAUCCAUGAGCCCCGGGAGGGAUGUUUUGGGGACAAAGAGGACUUCCCUGGUGUCCGCACCUAUGGCGUGAGAGAUGUCAAUGAGACUUAUGAUGUGUACUGCUUUGCAGAGAAGAUGUCAGGCAAGGUUUUCUAUUCCAUGUCUGUUGAGAAGUUCACCUUCAUGGAGGCGAUUGACCAAUGCACCAACCUGGGAGCCCGACUGGCAACCACUGGGGAGCUCUAUCUGGCCUGGCAGGGUGGUAUGGAUGUCUGCAACGCAGGCUGGUUGGGCGACAGAAGUGUGCGCUACCCAAUCAACAUCGCACGUCCUCAAUGUGGGGGUGGGCUUCUGGGAGUCCGCACUGUGUACCUGUACCCCAACCAGACCGGCUACCCCUAUCCUGACUCUCGAUACGAUGCCAUCUGCUUUGAAGAGCGGGUGGAGGAGGUGGUGUCGGCUUCACCCUCUCCGUUCCCAGAGCCCGAGUGGAGCACCACCGAGGGACACUUUAGCGUGGGCACCGUCACCAUCAGCCCUGCGCUCUACCCCGCCCACUCCACCACCGAGGGCGAGGUCCGAGCCCAGGAGCCUACCGAGGUGCCCCUGCCCUUCCCCUCCACCACCAGCACCUCCAUCAGCCCUGUCACGGAGGAGGCCAUCAUGGCGGCUACCGCCCGGCCAGACACGGCCAUAGAGCGGCCCAAGGAGAACCACACGGCAGGUGUGGUGUUUCACUACCGUUCUGGCUCCAGGCGUUAUGCUCUGACCUUCGUGGAUGCCCAGCUGGCUUGCCACAGUCAGGGCGCAGACAUCGCCAGCCCCCAGCAGCUCCAGGCGGCCUACGAGGCAGGCUUCCAUCACUGCGCUGCCGGCUGGCUCAGUGACCAGACAGUCAGGUAUCCUAUUGUAAAUCCACGAGCCAAAUGCUCUGGAGACCAAGAGCAGCAGCCUGGUGUUCGCUCAUAUGGCCUUAAGGACGCCAGGGAGCACUACGACGUCUACUGCCACAUGGAGCAGCUGAGGGGGAAGCUCUUCCACGUCAGCACUCUGGCCGGCCUCACCUACUACCAGGCUCAGUCUUACUGCAGGAGGCAGAACGCUACGCUGGCCUCCACGGGGGAGUUGUACGCGGCGUGGAGCCAGGGCAUGGACAGCUGCCACCCCGGCUGGCUGUCUGACCGCAGCGUCCGCUAUCCCAUCCGCAACCCGAGGCAGAACUGCGGAGGAGGGCGAGUCGGGGUUCACACCGUCCAUGUGUACCCUGGCCAGGCUGGCUUUCCCAGCCCCUACGCCAGAUACGACGCCUACUGCUACAGAGCUGACCUGUCCAUGCUGAUCUCCGAGGGCAUAGUGGACACAACUCACAUGGUUUCGGAGUGGAACAUGACCGUAAUCACAGAUCUUCUGAGGCCUGUGCGUCCCACCAUCUCUCCGAUGUUCGUGGACGUUUCUGGCUCUGGCUCUGGGGAGGAGUCCACUGAUGGCUCGGGGGAAGUAUCGGGCAGCGGCAGGCCAAGCGGAGUGGAGUCCGGCUCAGGUGUUGAUGGAUCUGGCCUCACGGUGAUCCUCCAGGGCAGCGGAGAGCAGCUCUCUGGACAGGGCUCUGCGUCCGGCCUUCCUGAAGAGGCCACGGAGGGCAGCACCAUCACACUCCCCGCGGCCUCCGGAGAGAUCUCAGGGACGGAGGAGGAGAGCGGAGAGCAGAGUGGAGAGGAGAGCGGAGAGGAGAGUGGAGAGGAGAGCGGAGACUCCAUGAGCGGAGAGCAGAGUGGAGAGGAGAGCGGAGACUCCAUGGUCGUGCUGAUUGACAGGGAGCUGGUCGACCAGUCCGUCACCCCUACGAGAGCGGAGCAGGAGCUGGGCAGGGGACCCUCGGACGUCAGCGGUUCCGGGUUCCUUAGCGGCGACGUCAGCAGCAGCAGUGGCUCUGCCUCCGGCUUCCCAGAUCUGACCUUCGUGGACCACAGGCUGAUUCAGCUGACGGGGAGUGGUCAGGAGGAGCAGGAGGUGUCCGGCGUCCGGCCCGUGGGCUCGGGCGAUGCCAGCGGCUUCGGCUCGGCGUAUCCGUCCGGCUUCCUGUCAGGCUUCCCGUCCGGCGUCUCUCAUCGCCCCGACGGAGUCGUCCUGAGGGAGAACGAAGUGUUUGAGGUGACGGAGCAUCCCAGGGAGACGGAGGAGCAGGGUCAGGGGUCAGUGGAGGCCAGCGGGGCGGAGCUGCCCCCUGGCUACACCCACGAGCAGUACGCGGGGGAGUUCAUGAGUGGAAGAGGACCGCAUGGGCACGAGAGCGGUCAUGACGCAGAGGUGAUGCCCACUACGACUUCGACGAUAGAGCCAGACGUGUUCCCAACAACAUGGGCUGACCUCACCACAGAGUCCCCUGGCAGCACCACCAGCCCCAGCGGCGUGGUCAGUGACAGGGUCAGCACCACCACUGUGUCCAGCAUCACCACUGCCUCCUCCGUGCCACUGCAGACGCCAGCCGUUGUGGAGGAGCCGGCUGUUGAAGAUGGUGAUGCUGAUCCUUGCGCGCCCAACCCCUGUGGCUCUGGGUCAUGCUCAGUCCAGGAUGGCAUCGCUGUAUGCCAGUGUCCUCCAGGACAGACAGGAGAUGACUGCGCCACACCAACGCAGGGCUGUGAGCAGGGCUGGGAGGAGUUCAUGGGGAGCUGCUACCUUCACUUCUCGGAGCGCGAGACCUGGGGCAGCGCUGAGCAGCGCUGUCAGGAGCUCAACUCCCACCUGGUCAGCAUCACCACCCCAGAGGAGCAGGAGUUUGUCAACUCCAAUGCGCAGGACUAUCAGUGGAUCGGACUCAACGACAAGGACGUACAGAACGAGUUCAGGUGGACGGACGGGACUCCGAUGAGCUUCGAGAACUGGAGACCAAAUCAGCCUGAUAACUACUUCAACGCUGGAGAGGACUGCGUGGUGAUGAUCUGGCACGAGAACGGCCAGUGGAACGACGUUCCCUGCAACUACCACCUGCCUUUCACCUGCAAGAGUGGACCAGUCAUGUGCUCUUCGCCUCCUGAGGUGGAGAAUGCUAGACUGAUGGACACCCCCAAAAAUCGCUACCCUGUCAACUCCAUCGUGCGUUACCAGUGUAACGAAGGCUUCACACAGCGCCACCUGUCUGUGGUGCGCUGCAUGCCAGAUGGCCGAUGGGAGGAUCCCCUAGUGGAGUGUAUAGGCAGUAGUACCAACAUCAGACUGAGGAAACGAUCCCUGAAGCAGCAGUCUAAAGUGGCAAGCAGUCGGACAUGGCGGAAACACCUCUAAACAGGACAGAAGAGACUAACAUUAGGGAAAAAAGGAUUCUGUUGUUAAAAAAUAUUUCUAUACAAGACAUUUUUGCCUGACAAAAACAAACACACGUAAGAGAGAUUGCCCAGCUUAUAUAAACAUUGUCAAACAUUUGGUUUUGUAGUCUGCCUGGCUAAUCGGAUUUAAAAGUGUUACUUUGUUCUGACUGUAAAGAGGAGUAAGUUGAGGAAAGAUUGCUAAUGCUAUAGUUCCAAUGAGACAUUUUUUGCUAAAUUUGUGAACUGUUCUUCUGUAAACAGACCCGAAGUUGGUGUUAAUUUAGAGAGAGAAAGUAACUCCUCAAGUCCUACAGUAGCACACGCCAUCAAAGACAAAAGGCUGCCUUGACUACAGUUGGUAAUUAUGAAAAGCUCAUAGUUUCUUUUUUAAUUUGCAAAGUUUAGUAUAUUUUUGUAUUUUGUUUUCUGUUUUACUCAGGACCACAGAGAGUACAAGUAUCUUUUCCUGAGAAAAAGACAAACAAUUCCCCAUUAGCUCAGCCACUGGGAUCCAGCAAAAGACUCACAUUUCUUACCUGUCUUACAUUUAGACGGAGCGACUAAGGUUGUGGUCAAUCAGAUCAGUAACUUAGUUUUCCUGAAUAGUCAGAUCUAAUAUAUUUUCUGAGAUUACAGAUUUCACUUUGUAGUGCAUAGCACUUCAGUUGCACCACUACCAGUGACCACAACCACACUACCGAUAUAUUAUUUCAUUUUAAAAUCCAUUUCUGUUAAAUGGUUAAAACAAUCCCUGGUUGUGAUAAAGUAGUUUCUUUCUCUAUAAGGAGAAGACACGUCUCUAAAAGAGACCUUUGUCUGGUUGACAUUUACUGUGAAUGCCUUUUGGCCUGAGAGAUGGUACUUAACCAUGCUUGAUGACAUAAUGCACACUAUUUUGGCCUUCUAGGCAGAUUUGACACUACCGACUAGAUUUCACCAAACCAACAGAAGUAUUGAUCAAAUAAGAUUAUUGUGUCCAAACCAGAGUUUGAGAGAAUGCUUCAGCCUUGAAAUAUCUCUUGGUCCUGUGUGACAGAUCAAAAGGCAAGAGAAUGCCCAUCCAUGCUGUUUUACCCAUUUGACUGUACAGUAGAAAAAAGAUUAUGUCAAAACAUUGGUGUCUAAUAAUUGUCAAAUUACCAUCACUGUCUAACCCCUGAAAUAAAUAUUUGGCACCAAAUAUAUUGUAUAAUAGCAUGGUAAUUUAUGAUCCUGGGGUGGAAAAAAAGAUAUGUGCUUGAGAUUGAUAUAAUGUCUUGCUUGUUGACUUUACCAUCGCUGACUAGCUAAGACCCAAAUGCAUGUUUCAGAGAAUGUACGUUGAUAGGAGCUAAAUAAGAAUGUACUGGGUAAGUGUGCAAAGAGGUGCAUGCGUGCUGUGCAUGCAUAGGUGUGUGUGUGUGUGUGUGUGUGUGUGUGUGUGUGUGUACAUAUGAGGGUAGGUAUGUUCAGUCCUUCUAAAGCACACUACAAAUGUGAUUCACUAUGUGCUGUAUAUGUGCCUAUAUGUCUGAUGAAAGAACCUGGUUUGA